UUUAAAUUUAAUAUUAACUAUCCAGAAUUUUUAUUUGUAAAUCAUAAACUCGUGCAAAAUAUGGAUGUGUUACGUCCGAAGAUAUUAAAUAUUGAUGGGCGACAAUAUCGUUUAAAUACUGCCGAUUGUUGUCCAAACGAGUGUGAUGAAACAGAAACUCGCAACACCGAAAUGUCUGAAAGCCUGCCGGCUUAUGUCGAAAGAGAUGAUAUUGAAGAAGAAUGUGAUGACUUGAAUAUUUACAUGGAAGGUGGUCGAUGUAUACUGAAAUUAGAAGUGCCAAAUACAUUUUAUGGUUUGAUCAUUGGUAGAAAUCGAGAGAACCUCAAAAAUCUUGAAUAUCAAACAAAAACUAGAAUUAAAAUUCCUAGCAUGAAAGAAAAGAAUAUAAUAACUAUAAAAGGAGAACAAAGGGCUCACAUUGUUGCUGCUAAAUCAAAAAUUGAUGCAAUUAUAAAGAGAGGACGAGUCAAACAGAGUAUGACUCAUUUUGUGUCCUUGCCGAUGGUCAACCCUAUAGUGAUUGAUAACUAUUUGGCUUUCAAGAAAAUGGUUCUUGAUGAAUGUGGCCAGUGCCGUGGUGUCACUGAGCUUUUAUUUCAAGAUCAAUUAAGACUUCAUUUAACAAUUACCUGUUUUGUUCUAUGCGAUGCAGCAGAAAUAAAAAGAGCUAUCAACUUAAUGGAUCAGUGUGAAAAUACUAUAAUUAAACCUAUGAAUUUGAAAUCCUUAGACAUAUUAGUUUCUGGAUUAGAUUGUAUGAAUGAUGACCCAUCAGAAGUGAAUGUCUUAUAUGCCAAAGUUAAAAGUCCUGAGAUUCAAAUGUUGGCCGAUAAAAUACAAACAUUUUUCCAAGACUGUGAUUUGGCAUUACCACCCAGGAGUAAUCAUGUAAAGCUACAUGUGACUUUGAUGAAUUCUGGAUUCUACGAAUAUCAGGCUAGUGUUAAUGGAGAUUCUGGCAAUCCAUCUCAUCUUACGUUUGAUGCUAGAAAAAUAAUUGAAAAAUUUAAUGAUUAUACAUUUGGAACCGUACAGCUAACAGACAUUCAUCUAUCACAACGCCAUACAACUGAUUCAAAUGGGUACUACAAAUCAUCAUCUGUACUAAAACUUUAACCAUGAACAAUCAACUGUGGCAUUAGAUAAAUACUCUUAAUUAUUAUAUACCUAUAGAAUAAAAUGUUCAAAAACAAUUUUUGAACUUAAAAUGUACAGACUAAACAAAUAUUUUGUCAUUUGUAUAUUAAAAUCAUAAAUAUUAUAAAGAUGAUUAGCUGUUAGGUAUAUACUUAAAAUAGAUAUAAAAAAAUAUAUUUUUAUAAAAAAAAUUUGGCAUUAAUUAUUACCUAUUGGUAUUUAAAUGUAGGUCUUAGUAAUAUAGAUAGCCAGGUAAGUAAGUUCAUGAUACGACAUACUAAUUUGAAGCAAAAAUUACACUAUAUAAUAUAAAAUGCAAAAAUGUUGUCUGUUAGUUACCUAGGGGUGAGGGUAACUAUUAUGAAAUUGAUUUAUAUAUAGUAAAUAAAUUAUUAACAUAUAGUACCUAUUAAAUAGUAAAUACAAUUGUGACUUGUAAAUGGUAGCUUUAAUCAAUUAAAGAUAUAAGUGUACCAUUACACACAAUUAAUUAUUAUACAUUAUACAUUAUUUAUCAUGAUUUAUAGUACAUAGGUAAUAAUUAUAUAUGUUGAAUCUAAAGAGCUUAAACAAAAUACUAUUGAAUGAAUAUUGAAUACAAAUUGUUGACUAGAUAAUAAUAUACAC